AUCUGGGGACCUGGUUGAUCUCCAGCUACCCAGCUAGCUAGCCGGAUCGGCCGGCCGGUACGGUGCUGGCAGCUGCCGGUUUUCUUUUGUUGUUUCUAUAGCUAACUGUACUGUUGAAGAACCGAUUUGCCCGGGCAUCCCUGGCGAUCGAGCUCGAGUGCUCGGUCGUGCAGUGGCGAUCGAUCUUCUCGCGGGUGGCAACAAUGCAACAACCAAAAAGUUGGUGAGAAUUCUAUUCGCCUGUACCAGACAGACAGCGCCACCAAGCGAGCGGGCACGUACAGGCCGAGCACCAUGCCGGCUAGGGGAUCCAUCGACGCCCGGCCGGGUGGUGGUGGCUGCUGGUGCCUGGCGCGCGCUCGGUAGCUUUUAACAGGGACAAGCUUCCUCCUGCCCUCUUUUUCUCUUUGUUCUCUUCCCGGGCGCUUUCUUCUCUCCCUCCCUCGCCCCGCCCACUCUCUCUCUAUUCUUUUGCGCCCGCGGCCUGUCAUUCCCCCGGGGAUCAGCCUUAGCGUUGCCUCAUAUGGGGGCGAGCUGAGAGUAAAGCGAGGGCCGGCACCGGACAAGGAGAGCCUUUCGAUCCCCUCUCUCUCUCUCACUCUACUUCUCUCGUCACGCACUCCCUUCGCCUCUGGGGAUAGAGGAGGGAGGUGGUGAGAGAGAGAGGCAGGGGCCGGCCGGGGGAGAGGAGAGGGCGAGAUCGAUCAUAUCGUCGUCGUCGAUCGGCGGCGACCAUGACAUGGUGCAACAGCUUCAACGACGUGCGCGCCGUGGAGAACAACCUGGCCACCGCCGCGGCCGUCGCCGCCGCCAAGAAGCAGCAGCAGGCAUCGUCGCACGUCAACCUCAUCAGGACCUGCCCCUCCUGCGGCCACCGCGCGCAGUAUGAACAGUUGCAGGCGGCGGCGACGAUCCAGGACCUGCCGGGGCUGCCGGCCGGCGUGAAGUUCGACCCGACGGACCAGGAGAUGCUGGAGCACCUGGAGGGGAAGGCGAGGCCGGACGCCCGCAAGCUCCACCCGCUCAUCGACGAGUUCAUCCCCACCAUCGAGGGCGAGAACGGCAUCUGCUACACCCACCCGGAGAGGCUUCCGGGUGUCGGCAAGGACGGGCUCAUCCGACACUUCUUCCACCGCCCGUCAAAAGCAUACACGACCGGCACUCGGAAGCGGCGGAAGGUGCACACCGACGAGCAGGGCGGCGAGACGCGGUGGCACAAGACGGGCAAGACCCGGCCGGUGUUCACCAACGGCAUGCUCAAGGGCUACAAGAAGAUCCUGGUCCUCUACACCAACUACGGGAAGCAGCGCAAGCCGGAGAAGACCAACUGGGUGAUGCACCAGUACCACCUGGGCUCCGACGAGGAGGAGAAGGACGGCGAGCUCGUCGUGUCCAAGGUGUUCUACCAGACGCAGCCGAGGCAGUGCGGCAGCGGGUCGGCGACGACGGCCAAGGACGUCGUCCCCCUCGCGGCUAGCGCGGCCACCCCGACGGACCACCACCACCACCAUGACGGAGGCAGUGGCGGUAGCAACAGCAUGCUGAAGGAGGCAGCAGGCAUUGUAGAUUUCUACAGCCCGGUGGCGCUAAUCGGCUACAACCAGGCGGCUCCUAACAACAGGGCGGCUGCCUCUGCUCACCUGAUGCCUAACUUUGAGGUGCACACGGCAGGGGCGGCUGGCUUUGGUCCCUGACCAAGAUGUGCAAGUGUGCAACCGUUCGACUGAUCAUAUAGGUUAGAGGGGAGAGAAAGGCAGGAAGAUAAGGCACCCUCAAGAAUGCAGUAACUUACAAGAAGGGAUCGAAGACUUAACUGAACCGUAACGCUGGACAAUAAGAGGGGUGUUGAGUGAGUGGCUGGACGUACAGAUGCUGAAAGGAGUAGGGAUCGAUACUAUACAUUGUUCAUUAAUUGUUACAAGUAUACGUAACUUGACGUUAUCAAUUUUUUGUUUAAUGAUAUGUUGUUUCAUAAUAAGAACGCUGGAGUGAGUUCAAUAUUGUAUAUUAGUUCUUAACUAAAAGACUUGUACAUUGUAUACAAAUCGGUGUACAUCUUUCUUUUGGCAGAAUUAUCGGCUGUAUAAUUUUUGUU